AUGUAUUUUGCCGAGGGAGAUAACACAUUGUACAGUGGUGAAGUGAAGAAGGAAUGCAAUGGCAUUUCGACGGAGCGUCGUACAGCGCGCUUAUUGAGCAGACGUUACGCUUUGACAGCUACGAGUUACAAGUAUUUGGAGAUUGGAAUUAACGUUGGUCCACCGAGUUACGUGGAGAUCGCCAUAAGAGAUCAUCAAGGACGAGAAUUGAUACUGUCUGUCGAAACGUGGAAAGGUCUCUACAAGCAACGAUGGAAUAUUUCCAAAUUAAUUCGGAAUGACUACAAGGACAAUUUUAUAAGCGUCGGACCCUUAACAAUCAAAGUUAGUGUGAUGAAUGACGUUAGGCGCAUACGUCUCGAAUCUUCUAACGUAUGUGACAGUGAUUGAAUCCACGUUACACCGUAUGUUCAGUUUGUACGAGUGUAUUAACGUAAUGUUCGAGCGCUUAGU